UGACAGUGCUACACAAUUUUGACGGUACCGGUACCAGUCGCAGAGGAGAAUCAUUUUCCGGUGAGUCUGUCGAGUAUGAGACUAUGGGAAGCUACCUGAUGAUUUGGCCGCGUGAAUUACGACUGGCCCAUU